AUGCAUAAUUUAUUUGUAGUUGCUAUAGCAGUAAUACUAUUUGCUGCAGGAAUCAACGCCUUGGUUCAAUCUGAGUUGGAUGGACUUGAUUGGCUAAAUAAACAAUAUAAACUUGGAUUACCAUCUGAUUUAAAUACAGUUUGUGGAUUCAACAAUGGAAAUGUUAAAAUUGGAUGCACAAGUUCAUACUUAAAUACAAUAGAUAUUGUAGGAACUACUACAAUUGAUUAUGGUACUCCUGACCCCAAUGUGUAUUUAGAUUUUCCUAUGGUAAAUUCUAUUUCGGUCAGAUUUAAUACUUCCUUUACUCCAUCAAUUUCAAACACUUCAUAUAAUAUUAUGGAAAGAAUUCGAAACUGUCCAUCAUUAUCUAAAUUAGAAUUAUAUGCAGAGAGGACUACUUUUUACAUUCCUGAAAACUUUCCAGUGAAUUCUCCAAUUUUUCAAUUUUUAGAUAUAAAAUACAAUACCGAUAUUAAAAGGAUUCCUUCUAAAUUAAUAUCAAAAAUUCCAAGUUUUAUUACUCUGUACAUUCCAGACGGUUCAAUCGAAGAAAUAGAUUUAACUUACCCGACCAAUAUUACCUCCCUUAUUAUUGGAGUAGGAAAUAAUUUCUAUUGUUCAUUCUCUCAAUCAUUAUUCCCUCAAAUAUAUUUACUAAAUGUAGCCCCCAAAGGUGUAAAUUCAACCGUAAUUCUCAAAGAUACUGUAUUAAAACAAUUUCAUAUUGGUACUGGAAAUUAUAGAACUCCUGGAAAUAUUACAGUUGAUAUCUCAGGAGCCUUUACUCUUCAGGUAUUGACAUUGUCUUGUAUAGAAUGCGUUGAUUUUUUCCCUACAAAAGUUUUUCCACCAUAUUUAAAUGAGAUAGAGAUAUCAACUUCAACUUUUUCAACAUUUCCUUUCGAAAAUAUCACUAUACCAAGAUCCACUACAUAUAUUGGAAUGGGAAGUUUGAUGAGUAUGAAACAACCUAUUUCUGAUAAUUUUGCCAGUAAUUCGAAAGCAACAGUUCGUUUGGCCUAUUAUCCUGUAAAUUCUAUAUUGAAAGAGGGUGCAUGUAGUUGGUCCUAUCUAGAUAUUUCAUACUCUGAAAUUUCCGGUCUUCCUGAUUGUUAUAGUUGCUAUUAUAAUAUGCCUGGUGCAGUAGGAAAUUUCUUAAAUGCGCAAAAUUCAAAAUUCGUAUAUAACACUUCGUUUGUUUGUCCUGGUGCAUCAAUCACUUCUCAAACUUAUGGUUCGAAAGAUGGAAGCAUUACGAUUCGUGGAAAGAAUCUAGGAUGGGGUUUAACAAAUGAUAUGGAUAGUAAAUUAAAACCAGUUUUAAGCAAUCAUGAGUUUAUUUAUCGAGUAUCGAAUUUCGCAGAUAAAAGAUCCACUAUUGUUUUCUCGCAAUACUUAAAUGCUCAGUUUGUUGUCGAUUAUUUUGAUGCCAGAUUCGAUUUAUUCAACAUUACCAUGGCGCAGUAUCCAUUCCACAAAGUAUUGGUUACCAUCGAUACGAAUAUAAAUGAUCCAACUCUUUCACUUUUUGCCAAGUUUAAUAAUGCUACUGGAAGUCCUAUUCCAUGCUCAGAAUUGACAUCAGUUGUAAAUGGUACCAAAUACACAUGUUUAGUAGACAACACUAAUAAUGUAAUCAAAACUUUGACAAACAACACGUUGACUCUUUCAAAUGAUUAUGUUUUCAAAGAUUCACAAGGAUUCUAUUCGCAAUACUAUCCAAUCGUAAAUUCUAUUGAUCAAAUUACUACAUCAGGAGGUAAAGUUACUGUUUAUGGAGAAUUUGGUCCAUAUUUAAAUUCUACUGUUGUUAAAGUUAAUACAAUCGAUUGCACAGUUGUUAAUGCGUCACAAACCCAAAUUAUCUUUAUGGCACCUGCAAAUCUCGCAAUUGGUUUGGCUGAUUUUAAUUUGGUUGUCGAUGGAUAUCCAUUCAACUCGAAUUCUAUUUUCAAUAUUGUUUCAAAGCAAGUGGAAGAAGAAUGUUUAAAGAAGUUCUCGAAUUGUUCGAACCACGGAUAUUGUGACCCAUUCACAGGUGUUUGUGUAUGCACUACUCAAGGAUAUACAGGUGAUAAGUGUGAUACCAUGAUCGAUCCAAAUACAAACUUUAGACCCGACCCAAAUGAUCCAAAUGUUUUGUUCCAGACAAACGAUACAAGUUUUUCAUUCUCAAUGAUAGAGAUUCAAGAGAUUGAUUUCGAUGAAUCGAUUGUCAGAUCGGUAAAGACAAACAACUGGAUUUUCAGUUCAUCGAAUUCAACAGGUAUCCAAAACUACAACUACGCUUUGAACACCACUGUUGGCACAUUGAAUGUAUCUGCUUCGAUUAUCUAUGCCGAGGUAGCGAGAACCUAUACCUUUGGUGACAAACAAUUCCAACAACCGUCAAACACCAUCAAAGUAUCAGUUGGUAUCCAAGGAUGGGAGUAUCAGACCACUCUGACCUAUCUUAGAGUUGUUUUCGAAACCUAUAUCAACAAUCAACAGACCGUUGGUUGUGAGAAAACCGAAAUUCCAACAUUUGAAAUGGAUAACAAUGGAGAGUCGAUUCAAUUGAUUAGAGUUAUCAAAGACAAAGUCCAAUUCUUUGGAAGAUUCCUAAACUAUGCACUCUCCAAUGGAAGACCAACCUAUUCGAGAAAUCAGCUUCUCAACCAAACCAAGAUCAACGACGAUGUCUCGGUAGCAACGAUCGGUGUAAGUUUCCCACAGUGUCAAGAAUGUCUAUUGGAUCCAGACUUUUCACCACUGGUUCAGGUUACAGACGAUGGUGGUUGUGGAAGUAGUUCAAACGGCUGGAAAAUUGCUGUCGGUGUAGUUGUUGGUUUCGUUUGUCUGGCAUCGAUUGUCAUUGGUGUAAAGAUGAUAAACAAUAAUGAUUUACUUUCAAAUAUCAUUUAUAAUAGUAAAGUGUUGGGUUCAUCAGUAAACAAUAUACCAUUAAUUUUGCUAAAGAAAAUCAUUAGUCAUUUGGAUGAAAACAUCGAUAGGAUAUCAGUCAGCUUGGUUUGUAAGAAAUGGUUUAACAAUAGAGAUCAAUAUUUAUCUCUAAAGCGAUCUAUUCAUUUUGGGAAAAUACCAAGAUCUGACUACCAAUCGAAAUUGAAUCUCCUACAACUACCAGCUUAUCAACAUCAAUUCGAUUAUCUAUUAAAAUCAGAUUACAUUAGAAACACAGAUAAUAUUAGUAGUAGUAAUAGUAAUAAAAAUAAUAAAAAUAUAGAAGAUGAAUAUGUAUAUUGUCCAACAGUCAAAAAAUAUACUCUUGUUGAUGAUGAAGACGACAACGACACUGAUGGUUAUAAUGGUAUCGAUAUUGACACUCUAAAUAGUAAUAGCCAAGACAAUACUGAAGAUCAACCUACUGCUGUCGCUAAAGUUGAAAAUCAGUUAGAAAGUGAUGAUAACGAUAUACAGUUGAUGUUGGGUAAUUGUAAAGCAUUGUUUGUUGUAGAUGGUUUAGAAAAAUGGACAGUUCAAGAUUCAGAUUCACAGACUAUCUUAUUUGGAGGUAAGAUUAUUUAUUAG